CAGGCUGGGCCUGACCCUGCUCCACACAGACCUGCACCUCUCCUGCUGCAGCUCCACUUCCAGCCCCCAGCACCGGCACAGCAGUUUUGUGUGUUGGAGCCUCUCCUGCAGAGAUACUGGCCAAGGAGCUGGAGGAGCCCCUGUGUGUCCCGUGGCUCGUUUCAGCAGCCGUGUCUGUCUGCAGUCACCCGGCACUGCCUGCAGUGAUGCUGGGGUUUAACAGGAGCUGGCUGAUGGCUCCUCCACGCAUUGGCUGCGCCAGCCGGGUCUGCACGGCCAAUGUCUCCUGCAGGGCUGGGAGAGCCAACUUGGAGCCCCCAGUUUACACAUGGCACAAAGCAGUGUCCUCAUCCUCAUCCCAGUCUGGAAGCGCAGGGAGGGGGCUGUGACCCAGCAGAGCGAUUCCCAGAAAAAGCCUGGAGGAUCGAUGUAGAGUUCAGUGAAUUCAGUGAUGAGAGUGAACCAAAACACCCAAUCCAUCUUCCCAUGUUUGUCCUUCCUCCCAUCUGCUGCAUUCCUGCAGCGCUGCUGAGCCCGGCACAUCCCCAAGCUCUGCUCUGCGUCUGGCUCAGCUUAACCCCUUGGCUGCUGCAGCUCCUCCGCCUCCGCAUGGCCCCAUUCCCAAGCUCCUUUCUCAGGCUCCUUAAACCACAGCCCGGCGCUGGGAACCAGACCCGGCCGUGCUCCUGCCCCUGGGCUGUGCAGUGCUUGGGGUGCUCCGUGCCCGGAUCAUUCCCAGCUUCCAGCACAGGAAGGUUUGGAGCCCCCGAGCUCAGCACGUUGCCGGUGUGGGCACAGAGGGACCCGGCCGAGGCACAGCACACGGGAUGGUGGGCAUGGGAUGUGUGGGGUCAGUGCCCCAUUGCGGGGCUGCUGUCCCCACCGGUGACACUUUCCUCCCGCAGGAUGCCGGCUCCCUGGAUGCAGCGGUGCAGGGCGCCCUCCAGGCCCUCUACCCGCCCUUCGACGCCACGGCCCCCACGGUGCUGGGGCAAGUCUUCCGGCUGCUGGAGACCAGCUACCAGGGUGAUGGGCUCUGCUGCCUGCUCCAGUUCCUCAUCCCAGCCAAGCGCCUCUUCGAGCACGUCCGGCAGGCAGCCUGCGCUCCCUACUUUAACUGCAUCUUUCUCCAUGAAGGCUGGCCCUUGUGUCUGCACGAGAAGGUGGUCGUGCACCUCGCGCCGCUCAACCCGCUCCUGCUGCGCCCUGGGGACUUCUACCUGCAGGCAGAGCCGUGCGAGGAGCACUCGGCGCGCAUCGUCCUCAAGCACCUCUCCCAGGACCUGUGCACGGUGGAGGAGAUGCCGGUCCCCGAGGCUGCCUACGCGCUGCUCUUCACCAACGAGUGGCUGGAGGAGAUCAACGGCGGCCGGGCCGGAGCCCCCCUGCAAACCUGCCUGGUGGCCACUGAGAAUGGCAUCGCCCCGCUGCCGUGGAGCAGCAUUGCCACACCGGAGUUCAUCGACAAGCCCAAGGCUGCCGCUGAUGGGAUGUCUGUGGACACCCAGCAUGACCCUGCUUCUGAAGCUGCAGUCGAGUCAGCAACACCCAGCGUGCCCGUGCCCCACGGCAAGGCAGGCAUCCCCGGGCCCUAUAGCAACGUUGUGGGCACCAUCCCGGGCUGCAAGGGCACCUCUCGGAAGUCGAGCCAGGGAAAAUACCCGGGACUGAUCAAGGUGGACCAGGCUGGGCUGCGGAAGAAGCCGAGCGCGCUGGCCAUGCCCAGCCUCUGCGAGAUCAUCAGCCAGAACCUGGAGGGGGAGUACGUGGACCUGCUGGAGCUGUCCCCGGAGCAGAUGGGCCUCCUGGCCAGGUCCCUGCCGGCGGGUGCCGGGAACAAGGCUGCGCUCCGCUGUGUGAACGGGGGUCCCUGCGGGGCGACACCGAGCUCGGAGGAGGGUCCCUGCACCCCGUGCCUGGGGCAGGAGCUGAGCCGGGAGCCGGGGCCACACGGGCCACGGUGCCGCCACCGCGACUCGUACCUGGCGGCGCUGCAGAACCCGGUGAGCUUCGGCGCCGGGCUGAUGGCUGCCAUCCUGGAGGAGCCGGACGGCCCCGGCCCCGAGCCGCCCCCCGCUGCUCCCCGUGAGAGCCCCGCGCAGCGCGGGAUGGGGGCCGGCAGCCCCACGCUCCUCACCCCCCGAGCCCAGGCAGGGGCGCGGCAGAGCAGCCCCCGGCUGCCCCAGGGCUCCGGCCACAAGUUCUCCUUCCUGAAGGGGCCCCGGCUCGGGGCGGCCCCUGGGGAUGAAAGAGCCGGCAGCCAGCAGGAAGGGGCCUGGAGGAAGAUGUCUGCCAUCUACUCGCCCAGGAUGGGCAGAGCCAAGGCAGGCGGGAAAGGUUCGGAUGUGGCAGCCCCUGCCCCUGCGGAGGAACGACCCAUGGAAAGCUCCGGCUGUAAGAAUGGACCCUCCAUGCCCAGCACCAGCACCAGCACUGUGGGCUUGGAGCCGCCGGCCUGGCAGGACCUGCACACGGGGCUGCUGCACUCGGGCAUCGUGUGCCUGCCAGGCAGCUCGGACAGGCAGGGCAGGGCCCUGCUCCAGGUGACCACCGGCGGCAGCGCCUGGGGGGCCGCGUGGUGCUCGGCCGCUGAGCUGGGGACGCUCAUCCUCUACCUCUGCUCCAUCGCCAGGCAAGACACGAAGGACGCCGGGCUGACCGUCGUGGUGGAUGCCAGGAAGCAGCCGCCUGCUCCUGUCCUGUUCUCUGCCCUCCGCUCUGCCCAGAGCAUCUCACCGGGCUGCAUCCACACCGUGCUGCUGCUGGCCGAGAAGGAGCUGGUCACGCACCGCGAGAAGCUGCCCGGGGUGCAGGUGGAGUCGCUGCCGUCGCUGAAGGCUCUGGGCCGCUUCGUCGACAGCUCCCAGCUGACACCGGAGCUGGACGGUGCCUUCCCCUACAGCCACGGCGAGUGGGUGCAGUUCUUCCAGAAACUGCAUCCCUUCACGGCCAGCCUCCGGCGGGCAUCGGAGCUGCUGCGGAGCUGCAUCCAGGAGCUGCAGAGUGGCAACACGCUGGUGGUGACACAGGAUGCGGGCGCCUGCAUCGGGAGGCACCGGGAGCUGAUGCGGAGGGUGCUGAGCGAUGCGCCGCUGGUGUGGGUGCAGCGCGAGGGGGGGGCCGUGCUGGCCAGGCUGCGCAGGGAGGCCGCCCGGCUCCGCACCUCGGCCCACGUCAGGACCAGCAUGGAGUCGGCCGAGGCGCUGUACAAUCAGCUGGAGGAAGAGCUUCAUGACCUGGUGUUCCAGUCCAACAGCUCCCUGGAGCGCCUGGAGUUCCUCCGGAAGGUGCGGGAGCUGGAGGCUGAGUUCAGCAAGCUGGGGCUGUGGCUGGACGGGGAGGCAGCGGCACGGCUGCAGGAGAUGGGUGCUGAGGAGUGGAGCCCCGAGAGCUUCCUGGGGUCUGACGAGCAGUUCAACGAGUUCCUCGCCCAGGCAACAGCUCAGUACCGGCACGGCCUGGUGCUGUGUCAGGAGGCAGCUGAGGUCCAAGGCGCAGCUUUCCCAGAGGCAGACCUCUUCCAGGCGGCCGUGGCCCUUUUCCGGACGAAGCUGACGAGCUUCCACAGGCAGGUGGAACGGCGCCAGGCGGAGCGGGAGCUGCUGCGGGACCUCGGAUGCUUCUCCAGCAAGAUCAGGGGGCUGAAGCUGGGCUGCGGGCAGUGCCCGGGGCGGGGGAAGCGCGAGGAGGGCCGGGCGCUGCAGGGCCUGCAGAGCUCCUUCCAGAAGCUGUUGGUGGAGUUCGCCCUGGAGAAGCUGCAGGAGAUGAAGGCUCAGGUGCGCAGGAUGCGGAGCAGCCCCGCGCUGGCAGCCUGGACCGAGGCACGGCACCGGUACCAGGAGACGCGGCAGGUCCUGGAGGAGAUGCUGGCAGAGCUGCAGGAGGCCUGGGGAGCUGAGGCCGAGGGGCACGGAGGCUCCUUCAGCUGCCCCGGCUCGGGGUCUGCUGCCCCUUGCGAGGGAGCUCCUGAGCCAGCGGUGCCAGGGGAGCAACCAGAGGCCGGUGCCGGGACAGGACAGCCCCGGGCCAGCAGCGCUCCCAGCCCCUCACUGGCUGCGGAGCCAAGUUCCCCGCAGCCCCACGGCCAUCAGGGGCCGGAGGGUGAUCCUGCCUCUCACCACUGCGCCUCUGCCAACACCUCCCUCCCCAAACCCGAGAGCGGAGCCUGCCCGGGCGCUGCAGGACUCACCCACAGCAGCCGGGCCCUCCAGAGACAUCCCCUCACCGCGCCGGCCCGGGCGCGUCUUCCAGGCACCGACCCUCCGUGUCCCGCGGCCGUGCCCCCCGGGGCUGUCACACGUGGUCCAUCCGCCCAUAAGCGGGCAGAAUACUUCCAGGUUUCCAGCCAGAGCAGCUUCUCCUCUGAAGACUCCGACUCGCAGAACUCCACCGAGGACGCCCCGGCACCGAGCCUGGCCUUGUCCUGGGACCUGCAGAGCCCAAGACCACGUUGCCCCCCCGAAAAGCCCUCCCAGAUCAUUUACCUGGAGAACCACCACACCGAGAGUCCAGCUAAAGCAAAUGCCAAGUAAGCAGUCCCAGUCAGGGCUGUUUCUGCGCAGUGGUUGAGGUAUCCAUCACCAGCUGGAUGGGACAUCCCAUGCUCGGAGGUGGGGUCUGCUGCUGCUCCAGCAUCCUUCAGUUUCCUGUCCUUUUUCUCACCCCACCGUGGUGCAGCACUGACUUCAUGGCUACGAGGUCUGUUAAUACUCUAAUAGCUGUGUAGUAACCCUCACCUAAAGUGCACUUAUCCCUACAAGCAGUUCCUGGAACAGCGGUUCCCCGCAGGCAGGAGCCAGGCUUGGAGCAUCCAUGGGGAGCACAGACGUGGGCUGGGGUGCACUGAUCCCACCACGCUCUGCCGGGCAGUUUGCCUGUCCCUGCGCCGCUGCUGCAGCCCUGGCCAGGUGACAGCAACAGGCAUUUUGUGCGUGUGCUCUCGUUGACAUGGGACUAACGAUAUUAACGCUAAUAAACCCGAAGAGAAGCA